CAGUAAUGUCAUCAUCCGCACCAAUUGCCUAGCUUGUCCGGGUCAUGCCACCGCUAGAAUUCGCCACUGAUAGCACUGGAUCGACCAAAUAGUCAAUACAUAUAUCAUAAUCAGACGGACGCCUAGCUUUUGGGCCUUUAGGGGCUUGCACGUGCGUUGCGCGCUCAAGCUCUCUCUCCUCCAUCCACUCGUCCGCUAUCAACCAUGUCGCUGCAGGAAAAGGCUGAAGAUCUCAGGAAAACGAUCGAUAAUCUCCUCGUGGUGGGAGUUGACAUGGCGGUUCCAAUUCUCAGGGUCGUCAAUGCUACCGCUGAUUGGUGUCCCCCUCUAAAGAUGGCGACUGGCGGUGCACUCUCCAUCUUCGACGAGGUUAAAAAGUUCAAGGAGAACAAGAAGGAAUGGGCUGAUUUUGGUGAAUACGUAGCUAGCACUAUGGCCAAGGUAGUUUCAGCCAUAAAGUCUUAUGAUGUGUCAGCGGGGGAGGCAGGGUCAUGGGUGGAGGGUGUCGCGGAGCUUGGGAGCGCGCUGCAAGGCAUCCAGUCCAAAAUCAAACAAAGACUCAGAGAACUAGAGGAACGGUCAGGUGCAAGAAAUGCACUGUCUCACUAUCGAGACCCUGGAAAAUUCGAGGGCCUAAAGAAAGAUUUUGACAAAGCGCUGGCAUUGUUUCAGCUUAAGACGAAUUUAACGAUCGGUGUCAAAUUAUCGACUAUAGAGGACAGCUUAGACCGUCUGGAGGGUGCGAUUGGCGUCAAAUUAUCGACCAUGGAGGACAGCUUAGACCGUCUGGAGAGUGACCCAAUCCUCGAUAAUCUCCGAUAUCCUCAAAUCGCCCACCAUGAUUCGACAGAGGCGUGCCUAGAAGGUACCAGGGUCGAUCUCACGGAGCGUAUUAUGAACUGGUGUCGUAACACCGGGGAUAACGAGAACCGGCUGAUGCUGUUGACCUCUGUCGCUGGCGCUGGCAAGACUUCGAUUGUGCACACGGUUGCAGAUAAAUGUAAAAGGGAGGCUAUCUUGUUGCUGUGCUUUUUCUUCACAGUUGGCGAACAGCCACGGCCGGACCGUUUAUUUAGCGGCAUUGCUCAAGCUCUAGCAAAGCGUGACGCAGAUUACCGCGCCUUCAUUAUCUCUGCCCUUCGAAAAGACCCCACCCUCUCAACAGCUCCAUUCACGAUGCAGUUCAAGGAAUUGGUUUCUUCGCCCCUGCUUCAUAAACCUCCUCCUUCCGAUCGUCCUAUGGUGGUCAUCAUUGACGCUUUGGAUGAAUGUGACAAAGAAGUGUUCGAAUCCCUUGCCGAAAUUCUUGGGGACGAAGUGCCCAGGCUACCGUCUUCUGUCAAAUUCUUCAUCACAUCGAGACAAUUCGAUCUCGUGAAUCGCUACCUCUCCCCCGAUUACCCUUUCAAUCGUCUUAGUAUUGAUCUCUCGGAUGAGGCAAAUGUGCAGGACUGUGCUAAGUACAUACGCUUCCAGCUCCAAAAACUGAAGAAGGUACAUCGGGAUUUACGGCGUCAUCUUCAGGACGAGGAUAAAAUGGUACAGGAGAUCUCGGAACGAGCAAAUGGCUUGUUUAUCUGGAUCAGCACCAUCUUUCGCUACAUGAAGAUGGCGAACAAGGAUCCUAUGAAGACACUAGAAAGUCUACUCGACACUGGUGCCAAACGACCUGAGAUCCCUGCCGAGAAGAUGAUGGAAGACUUGUAUACCAGCAUUUUGAAGAAGUGUGCUUGGGAGGAUGAAGAUUUUGCGCACGAUUACCCAAUCGUGAUGGGAGCAAUCUUCGUUGCCCAGCAGCCUCUGUCCAUCACAGCCUGGGAUGCAAUUUUGUCACCUUUCCUCAGGUCUCCCGAGUCUGUCCGAUAUGCAUUGGCUGAACUUGCUCCUCUGCUCUCAGGAGUUGAGGAUUCCCACAUUCCGGUUCGCGUCUUACACCAAUCUUUCCGCGAUUUUAUUGUUGAUCGGAUCGAUCCCCAAACAAUCAGCUCUCGUUGCACUCUCGUAGCUCUGGGGGUGGAGAAUGCCAGGGUUGCCCUGCGAUGUACCGAGAUUUUGAACAAGGAUCUCCACUCUGUAAAGGGCCUAGGACAGAUUGAAAACUUGUCCAAAGAAGAUGAAAUGCCGCGCAUUUCUCCAAAGGAGGUAUCUGAGCACUUCCAUUAUGCAUGUCGCUACAUCAUCCACCACCUCGGUGGAGUCCAGGAACGUUCUGAGGAGCUUGCUGGGCCAGUUAGUAUGUUUCUGAGUGAGGUGGUGACUCGGUGGGUGGAAGUCUGUGUGAGAAUGGAAAACUACGUCAGUAUCUCAUUACUCCCUGAAUGGGCUAAGUUGGCUGUUGACCACAGGGCUGUUAGCACACUCGCUAAUGUGCUUUCCAAGCUUCCAUGGAAUUUGAAAUUUUUUUCAAGAUUCCAGGAGGCAUAUGAGGCAGCAAAUGAUUCUGUUGUACUUUGCCGUUACCUUUUUUCUGUGGACACAAGAUACUACACCCCGCAUUUGGCUAAGUCACUCAACAGUCUGUAUGUCGCUCUUUACAGACUCGGACAGCACUCGGAGGCACUCCCAUUCAUCGAAGAAAGUGUCAAACUCCAUCGCCAGCUAGUUGCCGUUAACCCAGGAUCAUACAUCCCAGAUUUGGCUAAGUCACUCGACAAUCGAUGUACCGCUCUUUCCAAACUCGGACAGCACUCGGAGGCACUCCCAUUCAUCGAAGAAAGUGUCAAACUCUAUCGCCAUCUAGUUGAUGUUAACCCAGGAUCAUACACCCCGGAUUUGGCCAUGUCACUCAACAAUCUAUAUAUUGCUCUUUCAGAUCUCGGACAGCACUCGGAGGCACUCCCAUUUGUGGAAGAAAGCAUCAAACUCUAUCGCCAGCUAGUUGCUGUUCACCCAGGAUCAUACACCCCGCAUUUGUCCAUGUCACUCAACAAUCUAUGUACUGCUCUUUCCAAACUCGGACAGCACUCGGAGGCACUCCCAUUCAUUGAAGAAAGUGUCAUACUCCACCGCCAGCUAGUUGUUGUUAACCCAGGAUAUCACACACCGGAUUUGGCCAGCUCACUCAACAAUCUAUAUAUUGCUCUUUCGGAUCUCGGACAGCACCCGGAGGCGCUCCCAUUCAUUGAAGAAAGCGUCAAACUCAGGCGCCAGCUAGUUGCUGUUAACCCAAGAUCAUACACCCCAGAUUUGGCCACCUCACUCCACAAUCUAUGUAAUGCUCUUUCCAACCUCGGACGGCACAAGGAGGCACUCCCACUCAUCGAGGAAAGUGUCAAACUCUACCGCCAGCUAGUUGCUGUUAACCCAAGAUCAUACACCCUGGAUUUGGCCAUGUCACUCAACAAUCUACAUUAUGCUCUUUCCAAACUCGGACAGCACUCGGAGGCACUCCCAUUCAUCGAAGAAUGUGUCAAACUCUAUCGCCAUCUAGUUGAUGUUAACCCAGGAUCAUACACCCCAGAUUUGGCCAUGUCACUCCACAAUCUAUCUGCCGCUCUUUCUAAUCUUGGACAGCACUCGGAAAUGCUCCCAUUCAUCAAAGAAUGUGUCAAAAUCCGGCACCAGCUAGUUGCUGUUAACCCAGGAGCAUACACCCCAAAAUUGGCUAACUCACUCAACACUCUAUGUAAUGCUCUUUCCUAUCUCGGACAACACUCGGAGGCGCUCCCAUUCAUCGAAGAAUGUGUCAAACUCUAUUGCCAGCUAGUUGCCAUUAACCCAGGAUCAUACACCCCAGAUUUGGCCAUGUCACUCAAUGAUCUAUGUAAUACUCUUAACAAUCUUGAACGUCAUUCCAAGGCACAAAUGGUCCACAUUUGAGCAUGUUUUCCUCAUUGCAUUACUGCUAGCACAUGAUGGGCAAGCUCAAAUUGGAUAUUUGACUGGAGAACACCAAUAAAUCCAACCUCAAUUUCUUUGAUUGCAAACUAUUGAUAAAAUAUUUACAGAGUUCACUGACUGCUACACAUAAUGAUUCACAGACACAUCAUGAUCAGAUAACUAUCAGGACUACUCAUUUCUUCCUCUAACACAUUUUCCUCCCAUUGCUCAUUGCUGAUGUACUUGUCCAUGUUUCUACAUGCCACUGUCAUAUCCAUACUGUCAG